CUCUGUAGUCCGUGGAGGCAAGCGUGGAGGACCUGAGACCGACGCACGCAGCAGCAGCAGCAGCAGCAACAGCAACAGCAGCUCCCUGUCAUUUGUGUGUGGAUUCAGCUGCUGUAUUCGUAGCAAAUAGCAAGUCAAGGAAUCCAAUUUCCCAAGGGUAGAUAAGCAACCGUUAGAGUUACACUAAGCUGAAGAAUGACAAUAUGAUGUCUGAAGCCGCAGGACUUAGGAAUGACAAUAUAAUGUUAGUGGUUUAUGAUGAUGCUUCGGAUCAACGAUCGUUGUCUUUGGAUGAUACCAGCAGCACUGAGGAAUCGCCUGAUGAGACCAGGCUUUCAUUGGAGACCACAAAUGAUCUAACUCCAUAUAUUGGACAAAGAUUUUCUACUCAUGAUGCAGCUUAUGAAUACUACAGUGAAUUUGCUAAGAGAUGUGGAUUCUCAAUCCGGAGGCACCGCACAGAGGGAAAAGUUGGGGUAGGAAAAGGAAUUACAAGACGCUACUUUGUCUGUCACCGUGCUGGAAACACCCCCAUCAAAAACUCCAGUGAGAGUAAACCUCAAAGGAACAGAAAGUCCUCCCGAUGUGGAUGUCAAGCUUACAUGCGGAUAAGCAAGACAACAGAAUUAGGAGCACUGGAAUGGCGUGUCACAGGUUUUGCAAACCACCAUAAUCAUGAACUCUUGGAACCAAACCAAGUUCGUUUUCUUCCUGCUUACCGAACUAUUUCUGAGUCUGAUAAGAGCCGGAUACUUAUGUUUGCCAAGACAGGAAUUUCGGUGCAGCAAAUGAUGAGGCUCAUGGAGCUGGAGAAGUGUGUGGAACCAGGGUGUUUACCAUUCACUGAAAAGGAUGUUAGGAAUUUACUCCAGUCAUUUAGGAAAUUAGAUCCAGAAGAGGAGAGUAUCGACUUGUUAAGAAUGUGCAGAAGUAUCAAGGAGAAAGAUCCCAACUUCAAAUUUGAGUACACCCUCGACUCAAACCACAGAUUAGAGAAUAUUGCAUGGUCAUACGCAUCAUCAGUCCAGGCAUAUGAGUCAUUCGGUGAUGCCGUGGUGUUUGACACUACUCACCGCUUAACUGCAUUUGACAUGCCACUUGGGAUAUGGGUUGGAAUAAACAAUUAUGGUAUGCCUUGUUUUUUCGGCUGUGUGCUUCUACGAGAGGAAAGUUUAAGGUCGUUUUCGUGGGCGUUAAAGGCAUUCCUGAGCUUCAUGUAUGGGAAGGCACCACAGACAAUAUUAACUGACCAAAAUGUGUUUCUGAAAGAAGCAAUAAGCAUGGAAAUGCCAACUGCUAAGCAUGCACUAUGCAUAUGGAUGAUAGUGGCAAAGUUUCCCUCCUGGUUCAAUGCUGUUUUGGGUGAACGUUACAAUGAGUGGAAGAGUGAGUUUUAUCGCAUAUACAAUUUGGAGUCCAUAGAGGAUUUUGAGCUAGGAUGGAGAGACUUGGUAAAUUCUUUUGGGCUUCACUCUAACAGGCACAUAGUCAACUUGUAUGGCCUACGUUCGUUAUGGGCAUUACCGUUCUUGAGAAGCCAUUUCUUUGCAGGAAUGACUGCAAUUGGACAGUCAAAGUUCAUUAAUGCAUUCAUCCAACGAUUUUUGAGUGCACAGACCCGACUUGCACACUUUGUUGAACAAGUAGCUGUUGCCGUGGAUUUUAAAGAUCAAGCUGGAGAACAACAAACAAUGCAACAGAAUCUCCAAAAUAUUUGCCUUAAAACAGGAGCGCCUAUGGAAUCCCAUGCGGCCUCAAUCCUUACUCCUCAUGCUUUCUCUAAGCUUCAAGAACAACUUGUUUUGGCUGCCCACUACGCAUCUUUUCAGAUGGAAGAUGGUUUUCUUGUGCGACACCACACAAAAGCUGAUGGAGGUCGUAAAGUGUAUUGGGUUCCUCGGGAAGGCAUCAUAAGUUGCAGUUGCCAUCACUUUGAGUUCUCUGGAAUUCUCUGUCGGCAUGCACUUCGAGUUCUCUCCACAGGAAAUUGCUUUCAGAUACCCGAUAGAUAUAUUCCUGUGCGAUGGCGCCGGAUCAGCAUGCCUUCUGCAAAACUCCUUCAGAGUGCUCCAAGUGAACAUGCAGAAAAAAUACAGUUAUUGCAGAAUAUAGUCUCAACUCUUGUAACAGAAUCUGCCAAGUCUAGGGAGAGACUAGAUAUAGCAACUGAGCAAGUCUCCAUUCUCUUAUCUCGUAUACGAGAAGUGCCUGUUUCGUUGCAAAGUACAAGAGAGAUUUGUUCUACGCAUAGGAAUAUUUGAUUCAUACAUACAGAUAGCAUAGUCCAAGCUCUCAUGGACAGCAACGCUUGUCAAGGUUUGCUAAAGAAUGUAAGUCGGACAGGCUUGGAAGCUGCAAUUUGCACCAGAGGCUUGGAAGCUGGUAUGUCUGAUAAAGUUGUUGCUUGACCUUUUUGUAGUUGUUUUGGUAUCCAUGUGAUGAUGGUUGUAGAAGGACUUGGGUUUUUUGGACUUCAUUUCGUAUGCCCUACGGCCGAUGGAUGAAGACAUUUCUGCUAGUUGCCAGUCGGGACACAAGAAUGCGGAUACAUAGAGGCACAGUUGUUUUGAAGCAAUGGACGGAUGUUUCUCCCUCAGUUGAUUGAGUCGGAGUGUCUCAACACCAGAAAAAUAGAACGCAGUUCCUUGUCUUCAUGAAAUAGGGACACCAGAAGAAACAAGGUUGGAUUGGUUACCAACAACUGGAGCACCCUGGAGAUAUUUGGAAUUGACAAUAACAUGCCGUGGUGCACGCCAACUAAAAUCAUGCAAGAGGAUUGUAGCUCAAGGCGAUUAGAGCAUUUACUAAUGUAUUUGAUGUUCUUUGUUCGAUCCCGCACUCCCAAUAUCACUUGUAUCUUGGAAGACAAAACUAGGAAUCAAAAUCGAACCUCGGCAACUUCGAAUGGA